AUGGCGGGAUAUAUCGGAAAGAUUGAUCCAUUUGAAAAUGCUACGGAUGAUUGGACUUUGUACUGUGAACGAAUCGAGCAGUAUUUCAAAGCUAAUGACAUCGAUGAUGAAAAGCGUGUGUCAGUGUUGUUGAGCGCGAUAGGACGGAAAGCUUAUGCUCUGCUCAGAAGCCUCACCGCUCCCACAAAGCCUGCUGAUCUUAGUUUUGAGAAUAUUGUGAAGAUAAUGCAAGAGCAUCUAGCACCAAAACCGCUGCUCAUUGCAGAACGAUUCAGAUUUCAUAAGCGAAAUCAGAAUGAUGGAGAGUCAAUCGCAGUUUAUGUGGCUGAAUUAAAGAAAUUGUCUGAACACUGUCAGUUUGGGGACGGACUAAACGACGCGCUGAGAGAUCGUCUAGUCUGCGGCAUUUCACAAGAGAGUAUACAGAAGAGAUUGCUCUCAGAGGCAGAUCUAACAUUCAAACGUGCAGUUGAAAUUUCUGUCGCUAUGGAAACGGCUGCUAGAGAUGCAGUUGAGCUGAGAUCAGGAGUGAAACUCUCUGUAAAUAAGGUGACCAUGGCAGGUAAACCUAAAAGAGCACUGCAAAAAGUUGAAAUGUGUUACCGUUGUGACAGGGGCGGACACAAAGCAAAUCAGUGCAGAUUCAAAACUGAAAUGUGCAGAAAGUGCAACAAAGUUGGACACAUACAAAGAGCAUGUCGGUCCGACGUACCACACAUUGAAAAGGAGAGACAGUACAAGGCUCAGAAAAUGAAAAGUAGGAAUGUGCAUGUUGUUGCCCAAAACUCAGAUGAGGAAAGUGACUCAGGGUUGGCAAACUUAGAAAUCUACAGUCUGAAAAAUGACUUAAAACAAGCUAUCUGGCUUACACCUCAAGUGAACGGACAGACAAUCAGAAUGGAAUUGGACACAGGCUCUGCGGUAUCAGUGAUGUCACAGCACGAGUUUGAAAAACAUUUCAAAACGACCAAAUUAAAGCCAUCGCCUGUUAAACUGAAAACAUACACCGGUGAGCCCAUAAUUCCUCUUGGAGUGAUGCCUGUUACUGUAAUGUACAAUGGUCAACAGAGUGAAUUAGAUCUGUAUAUAGUCCGAACAGAGGGACCAGCACUUUGGGGACGUGACUGGUUGAGGAAGUUGCAGCUGGACUGGAAAUCCAUAAAAAAAUUGCAAGUCACAGUUCCUUCAUCGAAGUGCAUCCAGAUGCAACUGGAAAAAGUGCUGGAUGGGGCUGUAGCUGUGUUUCAGCCGGGAAUAGGAACGCUGAAGCAUAUAAAAGGGAAGAUAACACUGAAUGAGAAUGCUGUACCCAAGUUUCACAAGGCGCGGCCGGUUCCCUAUGCUAUUCGUCAGAAAGUGGAAAAUGAGCUGGACCGGUUGGAAGCUGAAGGAAUACUUUCAAAGGUUGAUUGGAGUCCCUGGGCAACUCCAGUUGUUCCGGUUGCCAAGAAAGAUGGAACUGUUAGACUUUGCGGGGAUUUUAAAGUCUCAGUCAACCCGGAAUUGCAGGCAGAACAAUAUCCACUACCGAGAAUAGAGGAUAUUUUUGCCACACUUGCAGGCGGACAGCUCUUCAGUAAAAUAGACUUGGCGGAAACAUAUUUACAGAUGGAAAUGGAGGAGGACUCAAAAGUGUUCUUGACUAUCAAUACUCUCAAGGGGUUGUAUCGCUAUAACAGGCUUGUUUUCGGCGUCGCCUCAGCACCGGCCUUGUGGCAAAGGGCUAUGGAUCAGGUACUUCAGGGUUGCCCUGGUACCCAAUGUUACCUCGAUGACAUCAUCGUCACAGGUGACAGUGACAGUAGUCACUUGGAGAACUUAGCAUGUGUCUUAAAGAGAUUGGAAGAGUAUGGACUGCGCGCAAGACGUGACAAGUGUGAGUUUUUCAAAGACACCAUCACGUAUUGUGGACAUAAAAUUGAUGCGAGUGGUCUGCACAAGUGUCAUGACAAGCUAAGAGCUGUCGCAGAGGCUCCACAACCGGAAAAUGUCUCACAAUUGAGGUCCUUCCUUGGAUUUGUCAAUUACUACAAUAGGUUUUUGCCAAAUCUAGCUACUGUUCUCCAUCCUCUAAAUGCCUUGUUACAAGCUGGAAAGAAAUGGAUAUGGACAAAGCAAUGCAGGCAAGCUUUUCAGGAAGCAAAGAACCUGGUGAUGUCAGACACAGUUCUUACUCACUAUGAUCCACACAAGCCACUAAAGCUGGCAUGCGAUGCCUUACCAUACGGCAUAGGUGCGGCGUUGUCUCACGUGAUGGGUGAUGGAACGGAGCGCCCCAUAGCCUUUGCAUCUCGCUCCCUCAGUGCUGCAGAGAAGAACUAUGCACAAAUUGAUCGGGAAGCUCUGAGCCUGGUGUGGGGCGUAAAACGAUUCAAUCAGUAUCUGUAUGGAAACAACUUUACCUUGGUUACGGACCAUCAGCCGUUGGUUUCCAUUUUUAAUCCUCAGAAAGGAAUUCCACUGACUGCAGCAGCACGGAUUCAAAGGUGGGCGUUGUUUCUUGGAGGACAUAGAUAUCAGAUUGAAUUCAAAAGAACACACAGACACGCUAAUGCUGAUGGGCUAUCACGUCUACCAUUGGAUGGGUGUGAUUCAAAGACAGAGAACGUAAGCACGCCUUUGGACGUUUUUACCAUUGCUCAGCUUGAGAGUUCUCCUGUUACAGACGAAAUGAUUCGGAGAGAAACCAGUAGAGAUCCUACAUUGUCUCAGGUAUAUUUGGCUAUACAGUCUGGCUGGAAUGCAGAGCAGAAGACUCGUUUCACACAAUUCUACCAGCGCCGUGAUGAACUAGCUCUAGAUGGUGGUUGCAUCAUGUGGGGAUUAAGAGUUGUUGUACCUCCUAAGUUGCGAACUCGAGUGUUGGAGGAGCUUCAUGUUGGGCAUCUAGGAGUGGUAAAGAUGAAAGCACUUGCGAGAAGCUUUGUAUGGUGGCCUGGAAUAGACCAGCAGAUCGAGCAGCUCGCCAUGCAUUGUUCAGGAUGUCAACAUGUGCAAAAGAUGCCAAAGACUGCACCUCUCCAAACGUGGGAGUGGCCUGCGUUACCGUGGCAAAGAAUCCAUGUUGACUUUGCGGGUCCUUUCAUGGGCACCACAUUUCUGGUUGUGGUUGAUGCGUGUUCAAAGUGGCCAGAAGUGUUCAGUAUGACCUCCACAACCGCCACACAAACUGUGACGGUUCUGAGAGAACUUUUCGCAAGGACUGGUGUACCAGAACAGCUGGUGAGUGACAAUGGUCCCCAGUUCAUAUCUGAGGAGUUCCAGAUCUUCUUGAAGAACAAUGGAAUCAAACAUGUGACCUCAGCGCCCUACCACCCAGCUACAAAUGGCUUAGCUGAGAGAUUUGUGCAAAGCUUGAAAAAUGCACUACGGGCCAUGACAAGCGAAAAGAUCACACUGAACCAGAAACUGCAAAAUUUCUUGUUUGCAUUUCGAAAUGCGACUCAUGUCACCACAAAUCGAACACCUGCCAUGUUGUUCCUGGGUAGAGCCUUACGUUCAAGGUUGGAUUUUUUGAGACCCAAUUUGAGGAGGAUUGUACAUGACAAACAAAUGAAGCAGUCAUAA